UUCUUCUGCUAGUUAGGAAGACACUAUGUCCGGACGUGGGAAACAAGGCGGCAAAGCGCGCUCCAAAGCGAAAUCGCGCUCCUCCCGCGCUGGGUUGCAGUUCCCUGUGGGUCGUGUGCACCGCCUUCUCCGCAAGGGCAACUACUCUGAACGCGUUGGGGCCGGCGCCCCGGUGUACCUUGCUGCAGUGCUCGAGUAUCUGACGGCUGAGAUUCUGGAGCUGGCAGGCAACGCAGCCCGCGACAACAAGAAGACACGCAUCAUCCCGCGCCACCUGCAGCUGGCCAUCCGCAACGACGAGGAGCUCAACAAGCUGCUGGGCCGCGUCACCAUCGCACAGGGCGGUGUCCUGCCCAACAUCCAGGCCGUUCUGCUUCCCAAGAAGACCGAGAGCCACCACAAGGCCAAGGGCAAGUAG